CCCUCCGCCGGUAUAAAAACCACUCUCCUCCUCCUUCCCCGUCAUAAGAUUGAUUUCAUUCUGUGUUUCGCUAAGCACUUUUCUCUUAAAUUCUCAAGUAAUCUUUCCUGCUUUUUCUUGAAUCCUAGUUAAUCGGUGGCAAUGGCGGAUGUGCAAAUGGCAGAUGCAGAGACGUUUGCAUUUCAGGCUGAAAUCAACCAAUUGCUCAGUCUGAUUAUCAAUACGUUCUACAGCAACAAGGAAAUCUUCCUACGAGAACUGAUUAGCAACUCUUCCGAUGCGUUGGAUAAGAUCCGAUUCGAGAGCUUGACGGACAAGAGCAAGCUCGAUGCGCAACCGGAGCUUUUCAUCCGGCUCGUUCCAGAUAAGGUUAACAAAACCCUGUCCAUCAUUGAUAGCGGAAUCGGAAUGACCAAAGCAGAUUUGGUAAACAAUUUGGGGACGAUUGCGAGAUCUGGCACAAAGGAGUUCAUGGAGGCGCUACAGGCCGGCGCUGAUGUGAGCAUGAUUGGACAGUUUGGUGUCGGUUUCUAUUCGGCCUAUCUUGUUGCUGAGAAGGUGAUUGUCACCACUAAGCACAAUGACGAUGAGCAAUACAUUUGGGAAUCUCAAGCUGGUGGCUCAUUCACAGUCACUAGGGAUGUCAAUGGUGAACAACUGGGUAGGGGGACUAAGAUCACUCUCUUCCUCAAGGAAGACCAGAUGGAUUACUUAGAGGAGAGGAGGAUCAAAGAUCUUGUGAAGAAACACUCCGAAUUCAUCAGCUAUCCAAUCUAUCUGUGGACGGAGAAAACAACUGAAAAAGAGAUAAGUGAUGAUGAAGACGAUGAACCUAAAAAGGAAGAGGAAGGCGAUGUGGAAGAGGUUGAUGAAGACAAGGAGAAGGAGAAAGGAAAGAAGAAGAAGAUCAAGGAGGUUUCACACGAAUGGGAACUCAUCAACAAACAGAAACCAAUCUGGCUCAGAAAACCAGAGGAGAUCACCAAGGACGAGUACGCUUCUUUCUACAAGAGCUUAACAAACGACUGGGAAGAUCAUUUAGCAGUUAAGCAUUUCUCAGUUGAAGGACAGCUUGAAUUCAAGGCGAUCCUCUUUGUUCCAAAGAGGGCUCCGUUUGAUCUAUUUGACACUCGCAAAAAGAUGAACAACAUCAAGCUGUACGUGAGAAGGGUGUUCAUCAUGGACAACUGCGAGGAGUUGAUUCCUGAAUAUCUCGGAUUCGUGAAGGGUGUUGUCGACUCCGACGACCUUCCACUAAACAUCUCUCGUGAAAUGCUUCAACAAAACAAGAUUCUGAAAGUUAUCAGGAAGAAUCUGGUCAAAAAAUGCAUCGAGAUGUUUAAUGAAAUCGCUGAGAAUAAAGAGGACUACAACAAAUUCUAUGAAGCGUUCUCGAAGAAUCUAAAGCUCGGCAUCCAUGAAGACAGCCAGAACAGAUCAAAGCUAGCUGACUUACUCCGGUACCAUUCGACCAAAAGCGGCGAUGACGUCACUAGCCUGAAAGACUACGUCACCCGUAUGAAGGAAGGACAGAAGGACAUCUUUUACAUCACAGGCGAGAGUAAAAAAUCCGUUGAAAACUCUCCUUUCUUGGAGAAACUAAAGAAGAAAGGUUACGAGGUGCUGUUCAUGGUGGACGCCAUUGACGAGUACGCCGUCGGACAGUUGAAGGAAUACGACGGGAAGAAGCUGGUGUCUGCAACUAAAGAGGGUCUAAAGCUUGAAGACGAGACGGAGGAGGAGAAACAGAAGAGGGAGGAGAAAAAGAAGUCGUUUGAGAAUCUAUGCAAGACGAUUAAGGAGAUUCUGGGAGACAAGGUGGAGAAAGUGGUGGUUUCCGACAGGAUUGUUGACUCGCCGUGCUGUUUGGUGACCGGAGAAUAUGGAUGGAGUGCGAACAUGGAGAGGAUAAUGAAGGCGCAGGCGUUGAGAGACAGUAGCAUGGGGUCGUACAUGUCUAGCAAGAAGACGAUGGAGAUAAACCCUGAUAAUGCGAUAAUGGAGGAGCUGAGGAAGAGGGCGGAGGCCGAUAAGAAUGAUAAGUCGGUGAAGGAUUUGGUGAUGUUGAUUUUUGAGACUGCAUUGCUGACGUCAGGGUUUAGUUUGGAGGAUCCGAAUACAUUCGGAGGGAGGAUCCAUCGGAUGUUGAAGCUGGGUUUGAGUAUUGAUGAAGAGGAAGGAGGUGACGACGGUGAUGAAGUUCCGGCUUUGGAGGAGGAAGGCGGCGAGGAGAGCAAGAUGGAGGAGGUGGAUUAGGCUGUGUGAUCAGUUAGAAGGUUUUUUUUUUUUUGAGGUGGUCGAAUUGGGGUUUUUGGUUAAUGAUUAGUAUCUGCAUAUUGUAGAAUGAAAAUGGUAAAGUGAAGAUGUCCGUUUGGAGUUGAUAAUACUACUAUUGGUGCCUGUUUUGGUUUUUUCUUGGGAUUUCUUGUUCAUAAUAAAAUUCACAUAUUCAAAUGAGUUUUUAA